AAGAAUGAAGGCUGUGAGGAUAGUGACGCACGAUUAUCUUCCCUCUGCCUAGCCAUUGGCUGCUGUGCCCGCCCGUCACUGAGCUCAGGUUUAGGGAUAUGCCAUCAGGGCAGAUUAUGAAGCAGAACUCGUCUUUGGCUGUCUCCUCCGCUGGUCUCCAUGGCUGAACAGAGGCUCACCGUGCUUUUCCUCCUGCUGCUCUUUGCAUUGGUUCAACCUGCCGUGCCCUUCGAUCAAGUGCCUGCGAUCCUGGACAGGAGCUCGGAAGUCCCUCCUUAUCAAGCUAUCAGAAUCAGAUCAGAUGGAGUGGGUGUCGAGAGUGCAAGUGCCUCACGUGAGGAGAGCAAUUCGCCUGCCGCUGAAAACCCACUCCGCAAAAUACUGCAGCCCAGAGCUAAAAGGAAGUUACUGCAGUCUGCAGCCUUGGGACCAUACUCUCCUCUGAAUGUAGCCUACAAUGGCAAGAUAUGCAUCCUGUUCAAGGCCAAAAGGCUAGCCAUACGUUACAGAAACAACACGUUUCUGGACCUGACAGAGAGGGUGUUUGGUCCCAGUGCCCUUGUAGAUACCAAAGGCUCAGUAUGCACCAAAGAGAAAGCCACCCUUUCUCUCCGUUUGGGAGAUGUAGAGGAUAUCAAGGGCCUUGUUAUCAGGCUCCAGAUGUCCAACACAUUCUACGAGUCGGCAGGCCAGAAUUGGUUCACUCUGGACAGCGUUCAUAUCCACUACAACUGGAGCCACGAGGCCACGUUCAACGCCACCGAGGUCUACGCCCCUGCCACCCACUCCUACCACUGCCAGCACGUCAGCAGCUUACAGAAAUACGACACCUUACUGGUGCCCAGCUCCCAUACUGACAGCUCUGCAAACUGGCACAUCACUUUCACAGACUUCCAGAUCCAGGCCUUCAACGUGCAGUCCAACAAGUUCGCCUCGGCCAGCGACUGUGCCACGUUCUUCACGCCCGCCAUCCUCAUGGGCCUCAUCACGUCCCUGAUCCUGCUACUGGUCCUGGCCUACGCCCUGCACAUGGUGGUCCACCUGAAGCACAUUGACCGCUACGAGGAGCACAAGGCCACCGUCUACUUCCCACGCACACCCGAGGCUGAGCUCCCUGACAAGAACAGCCUGUAGGGGGUGGCGUGGGGGCGGG